UGAAGCCCUACAGUAGAGCCAGUCCGCCAGGAGGCAUCACGCGCGCCGCCGUUCCGCGACCGUCAAACUUGUCUCAAGUGCACAAGAUAGCACAAGUUUCAUAGUAUACCAAACCGAUAUUCACGUGCAUCCACCAGACCACUACAUAGUGGCGCCCCCGUUGCCAGACCACAUUUUUUAACCUUCGCGUGUUCCUUGCCGUGACAUCUUGCAAGAGCGGAAAGAUUGGAAAAAAUACAGUGCGAAAUAAAUUGAAAUGAUUUGUGACAGUAGGCCAGUGUUUAUAGAAUAAAUUGGGUGGUGGCUGUGCGUCUACGGGAUGCUACGAGAUUGCUGCAGCUCUGGCCGGAGCACUGGUUCAACAUAAUGAAGCUCGUUAGUAAACUAUAUAAAGAAACACUUGAAAAGAGAGGAAAUUACCAGAGUGUAGGAGUACGAGCUUCGAAAUGCCACCUAAGCCCCGCACCGGUCUGCUAGGCGCACUGCAAAGGCUCACCCGCCCCCUUCUGUGACUAGCUAGACUUCGAGAACAAGGCACGGGCGGCGGAUUAGGCGUGGGGCGCGGCGCGUGGCGGCGGCGCGGGCGCGGGCGGCGCGAUGACGCGGCGCCCGCCACCAUGACGCUGCCGCCGCCCGCGCGCCCCGCGCACUACCCCGCUGCGCACCGCGCAAUGCGCUAUUACCGCAUCUGGAUCUACGCGUGCAACGGGGCACUGCUGCUAGGGGCGCUCGCGUUUUGUGCAGCAGCAGGCCGCGCGCUGGCGGACUACCGCCGAGCGCUCGUGCCCGGCCUCGGCGCUGCGCAGCCCGGCUUUCUCUACGGAUACGCAGCCCUACCGGUGCAAGCCGGUCUGUUGCAACUGUUAGGUUGCUUGGCCGCUUUGCGCCUCUCCGAACGCAUGCUCAACGCCUACUGGCUAGCACUCCUGGCGCUUUUGGUCGGAGACGCUGCGAUAGGUGUCUAUUGGGCAUUUCGAUUCGAACGUGUUUGCCGAGAAUUACGACCGCAACUACGCAUACGCUUAGCGAGAGACUACGACUUAGACGUCGACUUCGCGGAGGCCUGGGAUCGCCUUCAGAGAGAACAGCGCUGCUGUGGGGUAACAGGCCCAUCAGAUUUCACCGCGUUCAACCGCACUGUAUUACCACCCAGCUGCUGUCGGAUACCAGCACACACUCCCGCCGUGACGCCGGCUUCGCUCGCCGCCACAUCCGCUUCAUCGCCCCUCCCGUUCACGCCCGUUCACUGCGUGCCGCAUACGGCUGCUUGUGCUGAACGUUUACUUUCGUGGCUUCGGAGAACUGCGGACGCGCUAUUUGUUUUAGGCUAUUGCGUUAUAGCAUUUCUAAAGUUGUGCUUCCUUGGAAUAUUGAGAUACGAAAUAAAAGAAAUGAUUCAGAAAAUUAGAAUAUUGCAAAGUGAGCUCGGUGCGGGAGAGCUACUCGACGGCAGUCCGUUACACGGCGGGCCUUUAUCUCAAACCGUCAUCGUUAACGCAGUGAACGCCAACGGAGGAGUUCGCACUCACGGCGGCAGCCCGGACCGAGCGGGCGAGCGGGAAGCCCUUCUCGGGCGAGCUUCGGAGCCUUGCUCGCGGCGCAGCUUGCACGACGAACCGCUCGGCCCCAAAACUGUAAACGGAAACAACAAUUGCGAGAUGCGGGAGCUGGCGCGAGGGGAAUACCGACCUCUGGCAGCAGACAGUGCGGCGACUCGAAUCUGACUAAGAUGUUACUUGGAGCGAUUGUUCGGGCGGCGCUGGCGCUCGUUCCCGGCAGACGGCUUCGAGGUGGAGCCCCCGAUGGCGCGCGGCGUGCCCGUGUGCGUGCGCCGCUCGGGGGCUCGCGUGCGUCUCGACCACCGCCGCCACACACGCUCCGAAUUCGAACUUUAAGCUGAUCGCGUGGCUAGCGUUCGGUGCAGAUGCCGCCGCGGCUCGAUAGCGCCGCUGUCAAUUCAAUGAACUGAUUUUAUUGACUACGAAUAUCUUAUGUUCUUAAAUAGUAAUCCAGUCCUGACUGUUUUAGUGGAAGGAUAUUUCGUGUUGUUAUUUUAGAUAAAUUGUGAUCAGCGUGAACUUUGAUUAUUAAGUGGCAACGAGUAAUUUAGGUGAAGUAAAUCGAAUCCACGAGCAAAGCUUGUGUUUAGUUCCUAUGCUUGGCAGUUAACACAUUUAUGAAAAUUUCAUAGUUUAUUUAAGUGUUUUAGUUUACCGUUACAAACGUGAACGAAUAGGCGUGUGAUCAGAAGAAAUGCGUAGCCACUGAAAGACGGUUAAGUGUGCGUAACUCGAAACAAGCAAAUUACUAGACAAAAAUAUUACGAUUAAUUAAUGAUUAAAUUAUUGAUUGUAUUAUUUAUUAGGCAUAAGUCGGCAGCUUUUGAUUGUACCUAUACCAAUAGAUUAAAUAUUACACCUAUACGUUGUGCAAAGAAAACAAAAUUAUCUUUUUAUCAAUUCACUUAUAAUGUUGUUUAGGUAAUGCUUGUUAUUAAUUAACUACUUCUGAUCAAUUCUUGGUUCUAUUACAUGGGUAUACAUUGUAAGGAAUUUUAUCUCCCAUCCUACCUAUUCGGUAUACAGACAAUGUAUCCCCACUUUCAUUUCAGUUUUUUAAUAUUUUCUUGUCAAUAAUAUUUCUGUAUCAGUAGGUAUUAUAAUUUUUUUUUCAGUUGGUGGCUAAUCUAUUAAUAGUAUAAAUUUUAUCACCAACACCAGAAACUAAUUACAUAGGCAUUUAAUAUUUUUAUUGGUUUUUACGGAAUUUCUGCUUUGGACCAACUCUUGAUCAGAGAAUUGUGACUUAAUAGGGCCUUGGACUGUAGUAAUAAAAUGAUAUGGUGUUUUGUACAGCGGUAGUUUAUGGGGCUAGAAUAAAUUAUUAAAGAAAUAUCUAGAUUUUUCUUUAUUUUUAAGGCGAUCAAUGAAGUCACAAGGUGAUAAACGACAAAUAUUUUUCAAUUUUAACGUACCUACCUAAAAAUAGAGUAAUAUUUGCGGGAAAAUAUUUUUAGCAGCAUUUUAGUCGCUUAACAAACAUUAAACAAUAGGCUGAGAUACUUUUCAUAAAACAGUCCAAGAUCCUAUUAUUAUCAUCCUUUGUUAGAUAUCAAUAAAUUAUUAUUGUAAAUAUUAGAUUCGUUUUGUAUGUAAAUGUGUAGAAUGCGAGUUGUGUAUGGACAGGUCAACAAAAUAGUACUGAUAUGAGCUUAUUUGACGUAGUGCCUAAGAAUAAAAGCUAAUAACCAGUUUAAAAUGAACUACAACACAAAAUCUUUUUUUUUUUGUAUUCUAGUAAUACGGCAGAUCAGCCUCUUUCUGAUACGCAGGUUAUACAUUCGGACUUAAUUUGAUUUUAAAAGUCAGGUAAUGGGAGCAUUUACGUAUUAAAUGGCUGUGUAUAUAGGUGUAACCUAAUUCCUAAGAGAAUUAAACUUUGAACUGGGUACUCUUGCUUCUUACCUUUAACUUUUAUUUCACUUAGCAAGCAAUCUUAAAGAUUUUCCCCGUAAACAAGUGAUUUUCCGAGUGUUGACUGUUGAGAUAACAAAGUUUUGUUUUGUUUUUCGCUGUUUUCGUUCACAUGGGGGAGUGUUCGACCAAAAGUCGAUUUUUGGCCGAAGCCGACCACAAGCUUUGGCCACAGCCGAGGCCGAUAUAAUAGCCUUGUGGCGGUUGCAACAGUUGCUACAAGAGGGCGCUUCUAACUUAUACGAAAAUACGAAAAUCUAUCAAAUCACUUGAUACACGAACCCAAAUAAACCGCUCGGUGGGAAAUCUCCUUUUGGUACGGUCGAGCCUACACUCCGCUCCCGUACAGCCUUAAGAAAUUCUGUUCAAGCUUAAAGAAUUCCUCCAAAAUGUGAAUAAAAUAAUAGUUUUUUAAGUUUAUGUUGACUGUUAUGUUGUUGAAACAUUUCGACACCAGCCCCAUGCUCGUCGCCUCUUCCAUUGCGCUCACACGCAUUCACAGUUCGUUCAAUUUCGGCGCUUGCUAGAACCUUCGGCGUGCGUCGGCCAAAACUUUCGGACACAUCCGGCUUUAAAUAAAUAAUGAAUACUUUAAUAAUAUUAUGCCUACCUAAUACUUUUACAUACUUUAAAAAAAACUUUAUUGCAGAACCAGAGUACAAAACGUCAACACGCAGACUUAACGCUCGGGUUCCUUAUCUGCCUGUCAACCUGAAAGGUGUGAGAGGUUCGGGUUUUCUUGCAAGCUAAGUGAAAACAAAGAUGAAAAUGCCCAUUUUAAGUUUAACUUUUUAUUAAUAAAGCUCAUUACGUUUAUGGUUGUUUCAGUUUAUAGUGAAUGUAUUUGCUACGCAGAACCGUGAGGUAGAGAGAUCGGGUUAAUAUACAAUUAGCUAUUCAUAGGGCUUACGCAUAUACAUCGAUUUUGGAUGUACGACAUGCCAUUUGAAAAGCAAUAGAGAUGGGUUAUUGUCAAGGAGAAUGCAAUGUUUUUUCUAUUUCUAAGAACAAAACUAUUCUACCAAAUUAGUUGAGACUUGUUUCCUAAAAAUUCGGCUAACGUGGGGUUUCCAUAUUCAGUCUUUCUGUAGAAAUGUUUCGAUAAGUUACGUAGCAACUUUGUCAAAAAGAGGAAAUCAUUGCUGAUAAAUAACAACCUUGCUUGUCUUAUAUUAACUUAUCGAGACAUUACCUACUUUAUCAUGAUAAAUCCAUUGCUGGCCCACUGCUGAGCGCAGGUUUUCCUCUUAAAAUGAGAAGGCUUAUGUUAGGUUAGGUAAAAACAAACGGAUAGAUUGAAUAUAGAAACCAAACGUAAAACGUCAAACCGUACGUACGAUCAAGGCUAGUCAGUCGAUGUUUGUGCGUAGGACCAUACUCAGAUAGAAAGAACUAGCAUGAUGUAGUAGAACACAAUAUGUAACUGUAAAAUUUAGUAUUUUUAAAAAGAACCAAAAAUUACAUAAUCUAGAUAAGUAUUCCAAAGAAACGGGCAGAGCGCAAUAUGGUGAAACGAAACUAUCCUUAAUGUAGACCGAGAGUCAGAAAAUAGGUUUCUUUCUGGAUACAUAAUAAUUAUUCUUGAAUCAGCUACACCUGUACUGAAUAAUGUGGAUUGUACUAGAGCUGCAAAUGUUUUUUGAAAAGUUUUAUACGUGAUUUCCAUUUAUCCACUCUAAAACAGCCACUUUUGGGUGAAUACUCGGAACCGUAGGUAUGUCUCUCUAUCCAUCCUGGAAUAAAAAAAAAUGCAUUUCAAUAAGGUGGAUUGACGAACAUACCUUUUCGAGUAAGUAUGUACGCGAUAGGGUGGCUGGUUUAGGGUGGAUAUACGGAAUAAACUGUUUUAUAACAUUGAGUCGAGUGUAAUGACAAAGAUUGCUUACACAAUUUGUGUUACUAUGCAAAUUGUACCUAUAGUAGAGAUGUAUUGCGAAACGAAAUCUUUCGAACGUCUCUCGGGCUAUAUCUAAGUACAGAACACGUCUAGUUCUUUCGCCUAAAAAUGCAGUGGCGUUUUAUCCAUUUCGCAAAACUACACAUACAUUUGUACUUAUAUGGUGUAACUUUUUAGAAAUAUUGUAAUGACUAUUAAAAUUAACUAUUAUGUUCGCUUAGAGUAGGUAUAAUAUUUUGUGAAUUUAUGCAGAAGAAUAGUUUUUUAAUAUUGUUGUCACUGAAUGUACCAAUCUUAUUAAAAUUUGUACCUAUAUUCGGAAAGUUGGAUAAUAUGUAGCUAGGAUCAAAUCUAAAUCCUGCAAUUUCUUCCAAAUGGUAAAAUAACAUGUGCCUUGGCUUAUGAAAUCGUAUAACUGAUGUUGAGUUUAUUAAAGAAUUCGAUAUUAAAUACCAUUGUUAAAUGGACCUCAGAAACUCAUCUCUGAUGUGCGACCUACAGCUAUUACCUAUAAUAUACGUACCUUUUAUAAUCAAUGGCUGACCAUUUUUAUCGUUGAACAAAAUAUACAUAUAAAGGUUUUCGAAUUGAUUAAAAAAACAACUAAACUUUUAAAAACUACCAGUAAUUCAAAAUUAUGUUUUAAUAAGAGCCGUUAAAGUUGUAUAGUUUUGAACGAAUGUUUCGAUUUACCACUAUAUUUUCAAUUAAAUAGAGCGUUUGAGCGAUAUUUUCACAGUACUAGUAAAGUAUACUUAAAUUUGAUAUGGGAACUUUGUACUUAACAGUUAAUUAUAACAUCGUGAAAAAUUAAAGCUCAAACAGCUGUAGUCGUAUAUGUGUCAUAUUAUUUUAUUUAAACAUCCUACCUAUUAAUCAUACUAGAAAUAUGUUACGAAAAUAUUUGUAUAUUUGUAAAGCUCAUGUUUCCUAGGAUAGCGGUGUCUUCAUAUAACGGUAUUGGAAGCCGUACCAUAACGGUAGAGGAAGCGAUCUAUGUUACAAUGUCAAAAAAACGCCUUCCUUCUAGUUUCAAUAGAUAUUCUGAUGUAACUGCACCGCUUUUCUAUUAAAUCAGAGCUUAAGUACACCAAAAGUCAUACCAGCCUAUGAAUAAUUUGAAAUACCUGUGAGUCAUAUUUACAGUCGUCCUAACUCGGUAUGAAUAAUUCUAACUUCUAAACCGCACUGGAAUAUAAAAUAAUAUAAAAUAGGCAACGUUAACAGGUAACAAUUUUUGUGAACAGGCACAUGUAGGAAGAUACUACUUAAAGAAUCUUUAAAAGUGCAGAUAGGUAUUGUAACUACCUAAUAAUAUAAAUAUCAUAAAAAUGUCGCUGGGCUAAAAUCCUUAUUCCAGUGAGCUUUUUACGCCCAUAUGAGCGUUUAUUAUGUAAUAGGACAUAUCUAUGGUAAUAGGUAUGUUAUCUGCGAUAGAUUAUCCAGAACGUUGAAAUUCUCAAUAUCAUAUUAAUUUAAAGGUUAAAGGUAAGUACUAAUCGUUUACCAUGACUUUCCAAAGAUGCAAGAGGUUCAAAAGCCGCAAGAGGCGCACCCACGCAUUUCUCAAAAAUAAAAAUACGUAUGAUGUUAUCAGCAAAGAUUCGGCCGUAUUGAUUGUAUCGAAGAAGUCGUCAUUCGAGCUACGUGAUUUCUGCUUUACGCAUUUUUACGCUAAGUCCGAUGGUGCUCGCGUCGCUUGCAUUUUUCAAUACAAAAAAAAGUGUUAAAAAGCGCCACACUUACGGCUCUGACGUCUCUUGCACCUCCUACGUGUCUUGCGGCAAUGUGCGAUCUCCUUUAGGAAGUGCGUAAGAAUUGUGUCCAAUGACUUACUUACCUGUUCAAAAAAAUGUUAGUAAAUAUUUCAAUAUUUUCAUUCAUGGAUGACUUUUGCCUAGUACUUUUUUAAUUCUUUAGUUUUUAACGUGUAUUUUCGAAAAAUCUUGUUUCAAAAUAGCCUUGUUACAACUUUCCGAAGGUACGCACUAGGCGACUGAGCUAAUAUUAUCAUAAAUAAAUGCAUUAAAUAAAAUCUUUGUUAAAAU